CUAUAUCCUUUAAUAGCAUUUCCUAAAUUAGAAGAUAUGCAUCACUGUAACGUUUGGGGUAUAGAUUCUAUAUAAGCAAUGUUUUGUAGUAAUACAAAGACAACCUAUUUUUGCUGCCUGCUUUAAUCUUUCCAUGGUAUCAGAGCCAGGUUGAUCCACAAAUAUGGCAGGCAAUGAAACAUCGUUGGUUGCCGGCACUGAUGCGCCAUCACAUCCACCUCAAAAAACUGAUAAAAUAGAAAUAAAUUCUCCUUUUUUUCUUGGUCCUCAAGAUCGUCCUGGGGACUUCAUCACUCUCGCUCGUUUUACCGGAGAGAACUACGAUGAUUGGGCAGGUGAGAUCGAAACCGCUCUUCAAGCGAGACGUAAAUUUGGUUUUCUUGAUGGCACAAUCACCUCGCCAGAACCUCCUUGUACACAGGCAGAUUGGCUCACAAUUCAUGCUAUGCUUAUUUCAUGGAUUAUGAACACCAUUACUCCAGAGGUAAAAAUUACUCUCUCCAAAUAUAAAGAUGCCAAACGUUUGUGGGACACACUCAGAGAAAGAUUUGCUCUUGUUAAUGGUCCACAAAUUCAACAAUUAAAAAAGGCCCUUGCCAACUGCCGACAAACUAAAACGAUGAUCGUAGCUACCUAUUACGGAAAAUUAACAGCUUUGUGGGAAGAAUUGCAUACACAUGAGCCUUUGAUUACUUGUUCUUGCUGCACGCGAUGCACCGCGGGACGGGAUCAUGAACUUCGCCGUCAAAAAGAUAUGCUUCACCAAUUUUUAAUGGGAUUAUACGUCGAGUAUUACGGUCGGUUGCGAUCGACUAUUCUUACCCAAGACCCGCUGCCCUCUCUUAAUCGUGCAUACCAAUUGACGAUUCAAGAUGAACGUGCUCGUAUGGCAUCAGAAGUACCAGAUGAUACGGCAGAAGCCGUGGGUUUCGCUGUUCGUCCAUGUGGGCGCGGACAGGGCAGAUUCGAAAGGCCUGACAAAUCUCAUCUUUCUUGCACCCAUUGUAAGAAAACAGGUCACGAAGUAGCACAAUGCUUUGAGAAAAUUGGCUACCCCGAUUGGUGGGGGGAUCGUGCGAAGAAUGAUGCAGGCCGUGGAAAGUCAUUGGCUCCAGGAGGUCGUGGUCGUGGGGGGGCAGCGGCGUUCGUGCUAAUGCAGCAGCCACUGAACCUCUUGGAGCAUCAUCUGCCCAAGUGUUUACUGCAGAUCAAUGGAAAGCACUUGCAAGUGUUUUCGGUAAUAUGA